AUGUCCAACAGCAGCUCCAUCACCAAGUUCCUCCUCCUGGCAUUUGUAGACACACAGGAGCUGCAGCUCUUGCACUUCUGGCUCUUCCUGGGCAUCUACCUGGCUGCCCUCCUGGGAAAUGGCCUCAUCACCCCCGCCAUAGCCUGUGACCACCGCCUCCACACCCCCAUGUACUUCUUCCUCCUCAACCUCUCCCUCCUCGACCUGGCCUCCAUCUCCACCACUGUCCCCAAAUCAAUGGCCACUUCCCUCUGGGACACCAGGACAAUUUCCUAUGCAGGAUGUGCUGCCCAAGUAUUUCUGUUUUCCUUCCUGAUUACAGCAGAGUUUUCUCUUCUCACUGUCAUGGCCUAUGACCGCUACAUGGCCAUCUGCAACCCCCUGCACUACGGGACCUUCCUGGGCAGCAGACCUUGUGCCAAUAUGGCAGUGGCUGCCUGGGGCAGUGGAUUUCUCCACGGUCUGCUGCACACGGCCAAUACAUUUUCACUACCCCUCUGCCAAGGCAACGCCAUCAACCAGUUCUUCUGUGAAGUUCCCCAGAUCCUCAAGCUCUCCUGCUCAGAUGCCUACCUCAGGGAAGUUGGGGUUAUUCUGGUUGGUGUCUGUUUAGCAUCCGGGUGUUUUAUUUUCAUUGUGCUGUCCUAUGUGCAGAUCUUCAGGGCUGUGCUGAGGAUCCCCUCUCAGCAGGGGAGGCACAAAGUCUUUUCCACGUGCCUCCCUCACCUGGCCGUGGUCUCCCUGUUUACCAGCACUGCCAUGGCUGCUAGCCUCAAACCCCCCUCCUUUGCCUCCCCACCCUUGGAGCUCCUGAUGGCUGUUCUGUACUCAGUGGUGCCUCCAGCAGUGAACCCCCUCAUCUACAGCAUGAGGAACCAGGAGCUCAAGGAUGCCAUCAGGAGGGUGGUUUCAGAGAUGUUUCUCACUAGUGAUAAAUUUCCCUCCUCUCUGCACAAAUGA